AUGGAUACGCCGGGCAGCGAUAUACCUAGUGGGAGUACAGGUAUAUCCACUACAGAUACAUCUACUGCGACAUCUCCUAGGCAUUAUAUUCCCAGUGGCAGCUCAAACGAAAAAUUAUCCCAUAAUAAACAUACUAUUUCGAUUAUUGAGAACGACGAUUCGGCCUCAGAUGUUUCAAUGUCUGCAGAUUCUGACGAUGAAGAUGAAGAUACCUUGACUAGCCCGGCCAUACAAUUCAAUUCGAAUACACAACUUCCGGAACGAACCAAUGGUACCAUUUUGCCGUCCUCCCAGCCGGAAACCUCCAGGAAGCGGAAAUAUUCAGAAUCCACAGAGGAUUAUUCAAAUGGCCACAUUGACAAGACAAAGAUCCUUGAGGAAAUGCGCAAACGUCUUAAACCAGAUGACACACAGGACCAUUGGAGAAGUGAGGGCCAAUUACAUGUAGACCGGUCUGUUCUGCCAGCUGAGAUUUGGCAUCACAUUUUCACUUUCACUCCUCCUAAAACUUUGGGUAACUUGUUGCAAGUAAACAAGUCUUUUAAUACAUAUCUUGAUCCUUCAUCAGAUAGCUCCAUUGUUCCCCUUUCAAAAUCUUCUGUUCAAGUAUUAAACCCAGAUGCCAUUUGGCGAGCCUCUAGACGUGCUUUUAAACCUCUCAUGCCUGUUCCUUUAGUAGGAGAGACUGAGCUUGAUAUGUGGAGAAUUUCUUGUUCUAGCUCUUGUCAAUUCUGUAGCAAGAAAAGUCCAUUUACCAAUGUUGUGCGAUCGGACCCAUGGCAUCUUGGUCCAGCAUUGCAGAAUGGUCAGCCCCCUUCAACUACUCAAAUUACGAAAUAUUACUUCAAGAAGCAUGUUGAGGAUAUCAAGGAAGAAUUUGAAUCCGUCAAAGCUAUGGGUUCAGCGACCAUAGAAGAAUGGCUCAAGGGUCUGGAAGAUCGUGGUAAGGAACGGCGUAAUGACGCAGCCCGAUGGGAAAGAUGGGAAGCAAGUGGUGGCAUUGUUCGGAUGAAAACUCCAGAGCAAAAACAUCACUCAAAACAAAUACCUGCAGCACUUAUCCCGAACAGCGAUCUUACUCAUGCACAAGGGCAGCCAAAUUUAACCAACGGUUUUUCAAGAUUGGCAAACCAUACACCUGUCACUCAUCCAUUACCUCAAUUACCUAAAUCGUUACCUGCGAUACACACUUCUUUCCCCCAUAUGAGCUCAUUCCAGGCAGCUAUACAAAUAAUCCAACCACUGAAUGAUGGUGCCUGGGAAGUAUUGAAGCCCAGACUACUAUCACAGAGAGAGGAGGCCGAGCAGCGCGAAAAUGACCGGAUUGCACAGUCCCGAGUAGUUGAGGAGCGAUCCGAUGAGCGACGUUUUCAGGAUAACCAAGUCAAACCGGAAUACAAGGAUGCCAUUGAUAGAGAAUGGGAUGAUGUCCAAGCCCCACUCCGGGCUCGAAUUGGUGCAUAUGCUGAUGAAACGAUCCAUGCUGGCUGGAACGAUGGUGCUAAAGUGACCAAAGAAUCUAGUCCUAGAUUUGCUGCAGAUGUCCUGAUCUACGUCCGGAAAAGGUUUUAUGCCGAAAUCGCCAAGGAUGAUACUGCCGUGCGGGCAACAGGCCAAGAACCACCGUCAGACCCGCCGAUGGGUCCUUACACUCGCAAGCUAACGUUGGAAAAUAUGAAAUGGGUAUUUGAUACCAAAAUAAAACCUCUAACUGAGCAGUAUAAUAAGGAGCUCUUUCUUUGCAACGUCUGCGACAACAAUUUCAAGUAUUAUGGCUUCGAGGGCGUUAUUCAGCAUUUUGCUGCUAAGCAUACCAAUUCGUUCAGCGUUGGCACCAUAGUUGUUCACUGGAAGUCAGAAUGGCCAGAAUACCCACCGUUUUGUCCGGAUCCUAAUGCCCGGAUUAAAAAAACCUACCCUGUCUUUCCUGGGCCGAGUGCCGCUGCUCCUUAUCUCGGUUCGAGUGGGUAUGCCAGUUACCAGCAAGCCGUCUCCGCUACACCCAAUUCCGGAGUUUACCAGAAUUCAUAUUAUGGCCAUUCUCAAUAUGAAGAUCAAUUCACGGUCCCUCAACCUGGUCCGUAUGUGCCGCAACAAACGUAUCAAGAUCCUAUUCAAGGCUAUUCACAAUAUUCUGCACCGCCAUUGACUGCCAUGACACCUGGUUACAGCGACUCUAAUCAGAACUAUCCACAGCCUGGUUAUGGGAGUUCUUACCAGACGUCAACUCAGCAGGGCUAUGCGUCUCUUGCCCCUAGUCAGAUGUAUUCUACACCGAUAACUGACAGCAACGUCCAACAGCCAUCAUAUGUUCCCCAGAGCGCCCCAUAUUCCACCUCGUACAACCAACCUUCAGUCUAUUCUAAUAGCAACUACUCACAAAUUUCAACGUCCGUAACGCAACAAGCACAACCUCAGGUUUCUCCACCACAACAGACGGAUGAGUACAAGGCCCAGCUUCAGGAGCUUAGUCGGGAUGCCAGGGCUAUUUGGGACUCAAUGAUUGGCGUGAAAGAAGUUCCUGGUAGUGUAAAAGUAUACACCAUUCUCUAUCACAUACUGAAAAAGUUCCGAUCCAAGUUUGGACAAAAUCCACCACUUUCUAUGAUAGUUGAUGGAUUAUCCAGUAACAAGGACAUGCGACCUGUUCGAAAUAUCAACGGGCUUUUGUGCCGCGCUUGUGUACUAGGUAUGGCAGGUUCUGUUACUUCUUCGAAGCCUGAUAAGAAACAUUUUUCGUUCCCUCAACUUGCCAUCCACUUUCGCACAAUUCAUGAGGAAGGGGUGCCUUCGAAUUUUAUCGGCCAUUUUCCAGAUUGGACGAAGGAUAUGGUUGAACUUCCCGAUCGGGCGAAAAUGUCUUCCGUUUCAACCGCUCCAGGAAUGGACGAUCGAAAGCUUGCGCUCUUUUCAGAAGCUCUCCCGGAAAUUGCUGCGACUCCACCACCGAGCAAGGAUACCAUGACUCAACGAAAUCCAUCGUGGCAACCAAAAGUUGAACCUCUAAGUCAAGAAACACCGCUUUGGCAGCGGACUCCAUAUGCCAAUCAGGACGUAACUGAAGCACUAGCACCCUCGCAAGACAAUCAUCGAAAAUAUUAUUCCACGCUUGCAGACACUCGAACUUCAGACACAGAAUCGGUCUCUGCCACAAACGAUAGUAAUCCAUAUGGUUCACGGCACCCGCGAAAUGCACGAGAACGCAAAGGAUCACUCAACGCCACAUCAAUGGCCGCAUCCUCCCUCCAUGAAAAGGAUCACCAAAUAUUUCAGGAUAAGAACGUUGAUCUUCGCCGUCCCAUAAAGCCUGGAUCACCUCUCGUAUCAUAUGCUAGGCCAGAUGAAGAUUAUAGCCGCCAUGCCGCCCGUGACGAAGCUCCAAUUUAUUCAGACAGGAAAAGUCGGUAUAGAGGGGAGAACAACGAAGAACACAGACCUCGCUACGAACGAACCAUUAGGACCUACGAUGACCUAACUACUCCCAUUCGAGAGUAUGCAACUGUUAGCUCUCAAUCAUAUAAAUCAAAUCGACAAGAUGAACCACUGUCCGCCGUCUCGGCUGUGUCGAAAGAUCCGUUAUUACCCCAAUACAGGGCAUUAGAGGAUGCAACAUGCCAACAAAACCGUAUCUUCGAAGUUGUAGCUCAGAUCUCUCAGCAGGCACAGCAAGCGCGCGGGAAACAGACGGCAAUCCGUGAUGGACCUGCUGAGAUUGGUUCGGAAGAAGGCGAGUUGCAAAGAGAAACGAUUGCGCAAGCUAAUCGUAAGCGGACGUCGGAUCAGGCCACCAAUGACGCAGAAAGGUUUCUGAGCGAAUUUCAAUCGGAAAAGCGUGCUGAAGUAGCUAGUCAAAGAUUUGAGCAAUCAACACGCCGCAGAGAGGAUAUUAUAGAGCCAAGAUGGGAAGCAGAACGUUUUGAAAGCAUGCGGCAGAGACGCCCCUUGUCAUUAGAAUCUCAGCAACGUCUUCGGGAAGUUUACAAUGAUGACUUACCCGUAUCUGGUCGACCUAUAUAUGUGUCCGAUGAGCAAGGGGCUUACAAUGGGUAUUACACACAAGAGCGUCCAUCUCAGACUCGACAAAUUCGAGCUUACGCUACGGAUGAUCGAUAUGCCGAUCCGAUUUCUGAGCAAAUGGCUGCAGAAGAGCGAUCUCCCGAGACUAUUGACAGAAGAUACGCGAACAACGUAAUUUACCGUGAUGAAGGACAAGGAAGUCACGGCGCUCAUCGCACUCCGAGUAGGUACGCUCGAUAUGAGAGCGUCAGAUUAGACAAUGAUCGAGCACGUUCAAGGUCACCAAUAUACGUUAAGGUGGGUGCACAAUCUGGUCAGUAUGCUGAGCGCAGUCCAGACGCUCAUCUCUCUCGACAAGAACCCAUAUAUCGCACGCGGACACCAAAGGAAGAAAUUAUUUAUGAGAGAGCUCCUCGCCAAGAGUAUUACCGUGUCUAUGCCGAUGAGCCUCGACCUCGGCAAGCUUAUGAAUAUGUCCAGUACGAUUCUCAGGGCCCUUACAUCGUACAUAGGUCUGCCCGUCGAGAACAUGAAACAGUGUAUGCAGCAUAUGAGGAGGAGCCACACUCGAGACAGCCCCUUUAUGAAACACGCCCAGCUGUUGGUCGUGCAGAUCCUGCCUAUUACGAAGAAUAUGACCCUCGACAUCCGGAGCCACCACCUGCUACCUCAAAUCGCCAAGUUCGAUACCAGUAA